AUGGAGCCGGUUAUACUAGGACUGUGUUUAGUUGAUUUUCAUCAUACACGAGGUCCAGAGGUUGAGUACUGGUAUGGAUUACCAGAGGGAACUGAUAGUAGCAAAAUUUGGCCAAAUUUGCCUUUUCAAGCGCUACCAGAUGGAUCACAUUCCUUCAAGGAAACUUUCACAUAUUUUACAUUGCUCUUUAAUGAAAAGAAGAAAUGUAGUCCCCCAAAUGGUGCAACCGAUUUGCCUGAAGGUGAGCUCAAUCAUUACACUACUUUGUUUGCUAUCUCCUGUUCAAGACAGAUAAGAAGUGAUGAAUUGACCCAUAAGGAUAAAGAUAUAACGAGAUCUACUGUACAAAAGGCAAUUGUAGUGAUCUCCAGACAGCCUAUCUUCGGGCAAAUUAAAGACAAGUUAAGUUUGGUGACUAAUGCUUUUUUUUUGCAGCGAAACUUUUCUGAUAGAUCCAUUAUAUCCUCUCUUCAUGGCAAUCUUAUAUCGAUUUUUGAUCCAUUACCAAGUAAUCUGCAAGACAGCCUUUUCUACGUUGGGCUGUCACUUCGUCGGAUAAUAUACGAGUUCAAAAAAGACACAUUGAUCCUUCUCAAAGCAAUCCUAUUGGAGAAGAAAUUAGUGUUUUACGGUACAAACGUGGAAGCCCUGUGUAAUUUACAAUUUGGGUUAAUUAGCUUAAUACCAAAUUUACUCUCGGAUCUGGAAAAGUCCGGAAGUCCUCAGAUGUAUGAUUCCUGUGAAGGUCUGAAAGCUGCCGACUCAUUUAAAUCGAGUGACAGACAGUCCGUGCUACGAUUUUUAGGCUUUCCCUUAAAAAUUUUCGAAAAAGGUGGUUUAUUUGCACCUUAUACUCCACUUCAACAAAUGGAUGAUAUCAGUUCCACCAAUACAGAUUUUUUCGUGAUUGGGAGUUCAAAUUCAUUACUCACAGAACAAAAAAGCGAAUUUUGUCACGUCUUUGUUAAUGUGGAUGACUCCUCGAUAGAAAUUCUUGAUAAAACUUUGCAGCCAGCUUUGCAGCUCUCUGGUCACGAUAAAAAGUGGAUUGAAUAUGUUUCAAAUAUGGUAAGUGAAACUUGGAAUGAGAACGAUCUGUUCACACCCAAGAAUUCACAAUUCGAAGGUAGUGAAGAUUUUUUGAGGUGGCAGUUCGAGGACUAUCUGACUGGUUUACUUUCGAGUGUUAAACUAAGUGAUUACAUUGAAGUUCAUAAAAAUAAUUCAAUGGUAAUACAGUCUAUUCCUGAUAACGUCUUGAAUUCUCACCCUAUCAAUUUGUUCAAUGCAAAUUGGGUUUCUCGAUGGAAAGAAACUCAAAACUACGAGAUUUUCAAGGGAAGUACAGACGAUAGGCUGUUUGAUAUUUUUCCCCCUAAGCAUGCAUAUAAUGGAAUUGGUGCAUUUGGUGUAAUACAGCAAAAGUUGGCUGCUACGUUUCAAAACUUGAGAAAGAGUAACAGCGGCAGCAGUAUAGGAAGUUCCAAGGUUAAGACAGCAGAUUCUUCAGAGAGUAUUGAGCAAGACGACGUUUCGACCAAAAGUACAGUUGCUGCGGCUCCGGAAACUUCACAGUCCUCAAGUGAGAAAGAUCACAAUAUUUGGUCUUCUUGGAGAGAUUACUUUAAUGUAAAGAAGCAAGGUAAAAAAGGCGAACCUGAUCUUGAAAUCAAAGCAACCCAACAUUUGAAUGAUAGUUCAUCGACUUCGGUGGCAAUCGGCAGUGCGCUAUUAGGAUUAGGACUGCAUUUAAACGACAAGGAUGAACGGAUGCAUGAAGAUGAAUCAAAUCUUGAAAAAGAAGCACCUCACCAAGGCGAAUCAAAUAAUGAAGCUAAAUCAGAGCAUAAAGAGGAAUCAGAUCUUGAAAGUGAAGCACCUCACGAAGGCAAAUCAAAGAAUGAAGCUAAAUCUGAGAUCGAAGAUGAAAGUAAUCAAAAAGGUGGAAAAACUUCAUCCCAAGACCAACAUCGUAUACUAAAUGAGAGCAGCAAUUCAGAAACUAAAAAUGACACAACAGAUACCCAGAGAGACAACUCUAACAUUGAAAAAGAAAUUAAGAAUGACAUAGCCAAUGGGGGACGCUCUUAUGAACAGAAUGAGACCAAGGAGGACUAUAAAAUAAAGCAAGCUAAUACAGGCAACUCGAGUCAUGAAAUUACCAUCAAGGAAAAUGACAACAAAUCUGAAACCAAGGAAGAGGAAGGUAAUAAAUUUGAAACCAAGGAAGACGACGAUAACAAGUCUGAAACCGAGGAAGACGACGAUAAAAAGUCUAAAUCCAAGGAGGAUGAAGAGGCCGAAUUGCCCGGUCAUCAACAAGAUGAUAACUUCCAAGCAGCAUGA